GCAGAACGAGAGAACAACUCGCGGCAAACAUAAUUAUGCACAAAGAUGGCGGUCGAAUCGAGUCAGGUGCAAACCUACGCUUGUCCCGCGAAGAUUUCGCCAUAAUACUCCUCGCUAAGAUGCUAUAGAUAGCAUUUCUCAAUCCAAUAAUAGUACAAUAAGACUUCCUUCUACACAUGGGGGACAAAAAGCGGAAAUUUCCACAAAAGAGACUGGUGGAUUAUGUAAUUUUGGUUGGAGUUCGAACGCCAACUCUCGACUCGACAGAAACUCCACGUCUAUUGCGAAGGUUUCCAGAAAAGGAUCACGAUGAUUUCCCGCUACCUCCCGACGUGGUGUUCUUCUGUCAACCUGAAGCAUGUAAUACAGUAUCCAAGAAGUUUAGUUUACGGGAGGCAAACUCGUUUAUUUUCACCCUUACCGACAAGGAUACGAAUAAAGUACGAUACGGAGUUUGUAUGAAUAUCUAUCGACCGUGUUCACAAUUCCAUUUCAGGGACGACCAAGAUGGUAUAAAAGACGGCAAAAGAAAACGAUCUCGAUCGAAAAAUAAGAGAGAAAUAUGUAUGACUUUGACUUCGAUUUGUAUCGUAUCACAUCAUUCCUUUUUCGCUACGUUUAGGGAGUGUCUUUUCGUCCUGCGAAAAAUGAUCGAUUCUCGAGUUGGAGGAGAAAGGUACGAUAAAAAUGACAACUUUAUCCCCGGCUUGCAUAGCUGGUCUGUAUUUACAUGUUCGGAGGAUCCCAAACUCUCCCCCAUCGCAACACAAAUGGAUGAAAUUGAGACCUGGAUACAGAGAUUGUUACUAGCCCCUGCUCCAGUGAUCGGCCGGACAAAAGUUGACAUGGAAUUGCUGUGUCCGGAAAGUUAUCCAAGUUUGACAUUUGCGUACCCUGAGAAUACAAGAUUUCCAUUAAUCGACUUUCCUGUACAUAUCCCUAUGGAAUUACUUGGAGUGGAAACAUGCUUGAAAGUGUUGACAUGCAUUUUAUUGGAACAGAAGGUUGUCAUCCAAUCACGUGACUAUAAUGCAUUAACAAUGAGUGUUAUUGCCCUGACAAGACUCCUAUACCCACUGGAGUACAUGUUCCCUAUUAUUCCAUUAUUGCCGACUUGCAUGGCCAAUGCAGAACAGCUGCUUCUUGCGCCAACACCGUAUGUGAUUGGGGUUCCUGCCAGUUUCUUCCGCUACAAGUCCAAAGAUUUUCAAAUACCAGGAGAUCUGUGGGUUUUUGACUUGGAUUCUAGCAAGAUGACAGUCCCGAUGAGUGCAGAUGAACUUCCAGAUCUCCCAGAGGAGGAAGGACAAGUGCUUAUCCGAAGACUCAAAAUGGCCCUGCAAGCCCUAAGUAUGCCUCCACAAACAGUUGGGAAUCUGGAAAAUGCAGCUCCUGAUGGCCUUCUCCCCGACAAUACCAGUGGAGACGCUUCGAUUGAAGAGCACAUGGUUUUUGGCAAUGAUGUUGACUCUGUUGAUGUGGCUGUCAGGGUUGCCAUUGUAAACUUCUUUAUGUCACCCACAGUGCUUUGUGGUCUGCAGGAACACACAAGAACACUGCGGCUGUUCCCUCGCCCGGUGGUGGCCUUACAAAAGGGUCCCUUUUUAAAGUCAAGACCAAAACCCUCUGACUUUGUAGCGGCUUUAGCUGAGUCUCAAUCUGUUGAGUACUUUGCUGAGUGGCUGGUGUCACCGACAAACACAGCUUACCUCAAGAUCAAUAAAGGCAUCUAUAACCCUUGUGUGAUUGGUGACAAGCCCAAAUGGUACUCAGAACACCUUGAGACAGUGCUGUACCAAGUCUACGACAAAGAAUCAAAGCUAUGCUUGGAGCCCUGGAUAGAUGUGGACUAUGAACCCAGUCUCAUCUUUGACGAAGAGGAAGCGACACCUAAUAAUGACGAGGAUGAUGACAGCAGUAGCUGCUACAGUUCUGUCAGUGACUUGGUCCAGCAAAUGAUUAGUGGUGACAUCAAUGGUGCCACGCCGGCAGCAAUCCAAGUACCCCCCUUUAACCCUGUCCGGGCUUCAUCACCAAUGCCUCAUGUUCAGGCAUCCUUCUCCUUACCUGAAACCCUGACCCAUGGAUUGUACCUAGGUGUGCCGCAGCGCGAGACAGGGCGCUUGCGGUCCAUCAGUGAUGUGGCUGCCUCAAUGGCCGGCAGUGAUUCAGGAACAGCUGCUUCUACAGAUUCCGCCGCAGGCUCCCUGUGCAGUAGUGACUCCUACUCAGCCCAUGGUGAGGAAACUGACGACUUCAUGUUCUCUGUGUCCAAUCCCCCCUCACCCCCAACAGACCACAGGAGGACCACCUCAGACACUGAUAGCGAGCGUACAUGUACCUCAGAUGUGGAGCAAUCCCUGCAGUCUGGAUCCAGUGGGACUGCUGUGUUGACAAAGGCAGAGAGUCCUAGUGCUGAGCCUAUGUCGGUCAUGGCUGGCUUCUUGAACAGUAUUAAGAAGACUACUAUCAGUGUUGCUAAGAUGGCUCGCCAAGAAACAGAAGAGCCAUUGGUGAAAGAGGGAGUAACUCGUCGAAUCACACCAGCUGGGACCCCUCAACUUACAGGCAGUCGGAUGCCCCCUGCUCCAGGUGAUGACAAGAACCAUUUUCCCUUUCCAGGUGUUCGUCAGAGAAAUGGUAUGGAUAAACCUCCUACGCGAACCAGUCAACUGUCAAGGCAGACAUCUCUAGAAAAAGCUAUACAGAGCGACAAUCAGCAGUUUCUUAAGGAAAUUCUCCGUAAUGUGAUGAGGGGGGAUGGGGUGGGGUGGCUGACCUCAAAGAGACUCCGCCGCCUAAUGACAGAGGAGCCUUUAAGGUUGAUGGUAGCCAGCCAUUUAUACUCGGCACCAACUGCUACUGAUGAGGGUGAAGUCAUUGAGGACACUCCUAAACUCAGUGCUUGGAGCUUGUCUUCGCUCAAUCUCACUGGAUGGCUCUCGGCUUCUCAGUCUUCUGCUGCUUCCUGGGUGGGAGGGGCAGACUUGUCUCUUCCCACCGUACCCACGCCCAAGCGCAUACCCCGGAAUGUAUACAAAGGUAUGCUGGAGAUCCUGCGAGCUGUGGUGGCUGGUUAUGAAGCGUCUGUGGUGAAUCAUGGGAUAGGAGGCGUGGCCUCCGCCUUCAAGUUUCUGGAGAUCAUUCACACCAAUUAUUAUGGCCGCGAUAUCCGCGAGGAAACAGCUAAUAAGCGAGAAGAAGACGAGCUAUCGAUUGUGUCUACUGGAAGCCUGUCAAACCUGUCUGACCAGUCUGAUACGCAUUCUGCCGGCAGCUCGCUCUCCUCCUCUGCGCAAGAGCUGGCUCACGCACGACGCCGAGGUUACGCCAAUGGCGAAAGCGACAGAGACAGUGGGCAUGGUGGAAGUGAGAUCGAAACCGUCAUGAUGCCAUCACACAGAAGCCAUGACGACGUCAGUCGCCAUAACCCCGUCAGUCGCGCCAACAGUGAUAUCACCACGAUGAUGUUGAACAGCAAGAAGAAGAACUGGACGCGUGAUCCACGCUUAACGCGCACAUUAUCAGCCGACCACGAGACAAAGCAGCGGAUUCGAAAGGAAGCAGAGCAAAAGAAGGAGCGAUCUAAGAGCCCCACCCUAGCCCACAUGAAGCUGAGCGAGUCUGGGUCCCGGCGUAGCUCUAUGGAGCUUGCUACAAGUACAGCACUUAGCCUGCCACCGCCUGGCCCACUUCUUAAGAAGAGCAACUUGAGUAGGGGCUACAGGUAUUUCAACGGCGACCUGAUCCCAAUUGAGGGCGAUGACACCGACCGAUCCACUACCGGGCGUCGCUAUCUAUUCGAGGGCCUGGUGCGAGAGAGGUCCCCACUCUGGGACAACAUGGACUUCUGGGAAAAUAUCUUUUUGGACGCGGUGGCAGCAGAACGCGACGCUGUUGGAAUGGACCAGGGACCGACAGAAAUGCUGGAGAGGUACAAAUCCCUCCAGCCUGUGGAGCAGAAGCGGUUAGAGGAAGAGGAAGACAAGUUGCUAGCGACCACGCUCUACAACACUGUCGCCUUCAUGGUUGCACUGGAUGUUGAUAGGGACACUAUCCGCAAGAAAAUCAGGCGGCUACUGGGCAAGUCGCACAUCGGACUCAAUCAGAGCCAGUUGGUGAAUGACCUGUUGGAGAAUCUCCAUAACUUGAAUGGCAACGAUAUUGACUUAAGGCCUACUGGCAGUCGGCAGAUGAAGAAGCAGUCAUUUGUAGUGCAUUCCGGGAGUACCAUGAACGGCGACGUGUUCUUCAUGGAAGUGUCUGAUGACUGCAUUCUGUUGCGUACCGGUGCUGGGGUGAUUAUCGAGCGUUGGUGGUAUGAGAAAAUGGUCAACAUCACUUACUGCCCAAAGACUAAAGUUCUUUGCCUGUGGUAUCGUCGCGGUGAGGACACACUUCUCAGCAAAUUUUGCACCAAAAAGUGCAAGGCGCUCUACUUCUGUAUCAAGGAAUGUAUGCAACGUGCGGCAGAGCGACUUCGUGGCCCAAAUACAGGUCCACAACUAGGAGGGGAGUUCCUUGUUGAAGAUAUUUCAAGUGGCGAGGAAGGCAAGUUGCAGGUCACGCUAGAAGGAAUCGGACUCAAGUUUGCUACCAGAAGGGUGCACAUUGACCUCUGUCACAUUAGAAACUGCUCCACCCAGAAAGGCGAGUUUGUUCUCGAUGAAUUCGUUCCGUUUACACAGGACGUUAUUCAGCACCGGUUCAAGUCGCCUAUGUGUAACCAGAUCUGCUACGCGGUCCUGUGUCUGUUCUCAUACGUGGCGGCGUCUCGAAACAGCGACGGUUCUAACAGAUAAGCCCACUGCACAGCGGUCUGUCCACAUCUAGCGCAUGCCUAGCUUCACGCGAGCGUGACAUCACAGCAUCACAUCACAGCGUAACAUCACAGCAGAACAGAUGACGUUAUCGAGAGUAGAAAUGAAUAGACCGUCGUCUUACUAUGAAAUAUGUAUAUUGAAAUUAUUGACGUCAAAUUAUCAUGGCGCCUAUCUAGAGCGUCCGAGUCGCUAAACAGUGAAUCAAUGAAUGACACAUAAAAAGGGAAAAUCGCUUCAAGACAUGCAAAAACAACAACAACAACAACAACAACAAAUUACAAUAAAAAUAUUGACAAAUUUGAAAAAAAUAUAUAUAUAUACACCCAAUUAUUGGAGGGAUCAGAGUUUGUGGAAUCGCACCUUUAUAAUCGGUCAUCACUUUUGUCCUCUUUCACUGCAGCCCUGCUUUUCAGCCACUCUAAGCGUCAAUUUAUACAUCUGUUGAACAGGGAUACAGGUGUUAGUAAUAGGCAACUUGCGGCAAACUUACGCUCAAACAAACCCAGGAAUGACUGUGGCGAAGAACGACGAAAAUAUAAAGUCUUUAAUGAGAAUAAGCCCUUCAUGACUUGAAAACUUUCUUGCUGCUUUGUAAAACUGGGCGUUGCGCGCGAAUUUGCCAAUCAAAAAGUCACGUGAUUUGCCCCAUACCGCACAGUUGUGGUCGAUGCUGUUACCUUAGAGCUACCUUUCUGGUAGCUGUGGAUAAUAUAUGCAAGGGUUAAACACUUAAGGCGGUCCUGCUUACUUUCUUUCAUUGUCAGCUGACCUCAAAGGCUUUGUUAAUCAUAACUGUAAAAAGUUAUUAGAACCGGGUGGGAUAAAUUAUUAGAAAUAAUUUCUCUAAGGUAUUACAAGUUAUUUAUACUAUGUAUAUAAAUUAGAAGUUAAUUAAUAGUAAACUAAAUGGUGUCUAGUAAUAAAACGCUGGAAACUGCAA